UGCUGCAUCAUCCAUCACCACCUGCGGUCGCCCAGCCCGCUUCUUAUUCCUCCAACUCCUCCCUCUUUGACUUUCGCCUUUGCAUACGUUGCUUAACUCUGAAAGUAUUUUCAAAGUCGGGUCGCCACGUCCUGCAUAUUGGUUGCAUAUAUCGACCUCGACCUCAGAAUAAGCUCAAUGCCCACCACCCGCUUCUCGCCGCCCCGCCUUGCGAUUCAAUAAACGUCCCGCCUGAGCUGUUGCGCUGAGCCCAGCCCAGCCCAGCUGCCCGCUCUCGGCCGUCCGACGGCAUUCGAGUGAAUCGCAUCAUUUAUCGAUCACCGCCUUGUUUAGCACCGUGCCCAUCUGCCCGCCAUGGACGAGAACAUUGGUCCUCGCCCUUCGGGUUCUCACGGCUCUAUGCCACCUACAACUGCAUCUAACCUACUAGCAAACUUCCUACCAUACGAGCCCAUCUCACGAUCCACGUCCCCAGGUAUUCCUUACCUCAAGACCGACGAAGACGACAAGAAACGCUAUCGGCCUCGAACUUUUGCCUACUUCUCGCAGCUCCCGUUCGAAGUCGAGGAAGAAGCUCAACGCGAUGCUGCUCUGCAGGGCAUCCUCAAACAACUAUACAUUGCUAUACGAGCUGAAGACUUCUCACCAGGAGCUCUUCAUUGGACAAAAGAGCUCCAAGGAUGGCUCAACCUCAAGUUUGAGAUGACGAGAGAGCAGAGGGCAAAGUUGGCUAAACUUUAUUAUUCCCUUGCAUUGGCUCCGGGCUUAGAUGCAACCGCCUCGGACCGCUUCUUGCGCAUGGUCCUCACUCUGACGAGGAAGAAUCAUUAUUUAAAGCCAGGAGAAGAUCUCGUUCUUGAAUGGAGGCCAUUGUGGAACGAAAUCAAAGCAUGGAUUCUCCCCUCAGAAGUCCCCGCGCACCAGAGCAACCGCAAGCGUUCCGCCAAACAACUGCUCAAGCUAUGCACCCAUGCCCAUACGUAUUUCGAUCCUUCCGAACGUCGAGCGAUGCUGGAAGAGUUCUUGCCAUUCUUCAGUGUUAAUGAGCUUCCAAACGCAUAUAUCGUAGCAGGUGUUUUGAAUGCUUUGCUGCCAAGUCACCCCGCUCCCAUCAACGAACCUCAGUCUCAACCGGCCGACAUAUUUCCCACGCUCUUCCACUUGUGGUCCAUCAUCAAUCGAUCAAAGGCAUUCGAUAUCUUCUUCAUUGACCUGCUGUCUCGUCUUGCUAGAGACCACAUAGCCUGCUCCUAUGUCCCAUUUGGAAGCCAUGGCAUCUUUUCCAAGGACCAAUCCGACCUCAUUUUCACAGCCAUUCUCAGGCUCACGCAAAUCCCCGUGGGCCAAGCCAACUCUCCGUAUACCCCACUGGACUAUCUUUCCGGGGCAGGCAUUUAUGUUGAGAAAGAUAAGAAGAAGUAUCCUGUGGCCUACAUGAUCUCUCGCUUGAUCGUGAGCUCUUUGUCUCCGGCUUGCCUGAAGGAAGAUGAUUCUAUUAUCUCGCACUUGGAGGGCCUCAUGGAGUCUAUCGAUACUUUUUUCCAUCCCUCCAACCAGGGCUCAUGGACCACCAUGCUUGGUCAGCUGACCCUUUACCUCACUGAGGCGUUCGUCUCCCGAUGGAAUCGCGAGCAGAGUGGUGAGCUGGAUCUUCCAGAAGAUCGUAAAAUCAACGACGACUUGAAAAAGCGUUUUGUGAUGGCACUCAGAGAAGUGACAUUCAUGGGUCUUUUCUCCAAAAGCAGCCGCGUGUCUUACUACUACUACAGCGCCUUGCAAGGUCUAGCAUAUCUCGAACCGGACCUAGUGUUGCCCGGUGCAUUGCAGCGUUUCUACCCUAGUCUUCAAGGGCUUGUGGAGGUACACAGAACCACCUCAAGUCUGAAUGGACUGCAGAUGAUUGCCAACAUCAUGUCCAAGCAUAAGGGUUAUAGAUGUCACAUCACAGCUCUUCUGGCUCUGGCACUCCCCGGUAUCGAUGCCAACGAUCUAAACAAGACCCAAUACACGCUCAAUUUCAUUCAAAGUGUCGCUUAUAGCAUUCCUAUGGUACCGUUGGUUAAGGAAGGAAGCCACAUCCAUGAUACAACACUAGCCAUGGAGUGGGUCCAAGGACAAAUGGAUCGCAUGGAGCGCGAAGGUCAGAAUGUGAAGUUUGACUAUAAAAACGAACUUAGCGACGAAGAUGAGGCCAGUAUUUUGAGAUCGUCGACUACUGGCUUUGGCGAGUUCAUCCUGACACUUCUCGGGAAAGUGUUCACUCUCCUCGAGAAUUUGCCUGACGCAAACCAAGUCCGUGGCGGAACCCCUGAAGACAAUGUCAUCAAUGCUUUGCCGGCUGCGCUGUCGCCCCUGUUCGCAUCGUUGUCACCGGAGCUUUUCGACAUGGCUCUCGAGAAGGUGGCUACGUUCGUUUCAAGCCAUGUUGUCCAUCAAGCACGAGAUGCAAUGGCAUGGAUCUUAAAUGCGCUCUGCAAAGUCAACCCAGAGAAAACUCUCAAGGUCUUCAUUCCCAUGCUUGUUGUCAAUAUCCGCAACGAGAUUGACUACAACAACGCCGCGUCCGACCGAAGUAGUGGAACAGACUAUCUCCCCCGAGAUCGAGCAUUGGUGUGGUAUGUCAGCAUGCUUGCCAUGGCGGUUGUUCAUGUCGGGAGUGAGGUCUUGAAAUACAAAGACGAGCUCCUGGGCAUUGCGGAGUACAUGCAAGAGAAAUGUCGUGGUCUGCCCACUAUCUUGGUUUCCAAUUACAUCCAUCAUCUCCUGCUCAACUUGACGCACACCUAUCCCAUCGAUCACGCUCUGUACGAGCCCGAGGUCAUCGAACGCGGGCUCGAUGUCGAUGAUUGGGGAAAGACAACUGCCCCGGCCGACCUCAGCAUUCGGUGGCACCAGCCCUCUCCUGCCGAGAUCGAAUUUGCCGUUGAACUCUUUGCUUCCCAAACAAAGUCUGCAAAAGACCAACUGGAAUCGCUCAUGAGUGACAACCCACCAGUGAGCCGUACUGGCAAGAACAAGGAGUGGUCAGAUGAGGUUUCUCGGCUUAUGCAGCAAAUUCGCCUUGUCACUUCAGGCAUGGCCACCAUGUUCGACCCUGAGCGUGCUGCAGGUAUCAUGACUGGAAACACAGAGGAAGACCACGAUGUGGCUCGCGAAGAUGAUGACGAAAUGAUGAUUGACGAAGACCCUCUUGCUGAGGUUGCUGAGGACGAGGAACUCCGACCUCAGUUCCGCUACAAGGCAGGCUAUGCCCUCAAAUCCAGUGACCCUGCUUAUAGCAGAAUCCACGAUUUACGAGAAGAAUUAGGUCAUCUUCUGACCAAAACGCACUCUUUCCUUAACGAGAACCAGGAAGAUGAUGUGAACUCAUUCACCGCUCUGUACGCUGCCUAUCGUACCUGGAUUACUGAUGUUGGCAUUGAGCGCUCUGCUCAUCCCCUGGAGAGGCACGUUCGACUAUACAAGUCUGACAUUGCCGCCUUCAAGAUCAAAGGCUUGAGGAAAGUCUAUCCUCGACCUCUUCUCAUCAAGCGUGCUGAGGCAUAUCAACUUUUGCGACGUAAGCAUAACGCGUCAUCGAGGCAGAAGAGCGAACUUGACAAACGGCUGCUGCUUGAUCUUGCCGAAUCGAGUCUUUCACUUUACGCUGAUGUACGACGAGUUGCGCAGAGCGCUCAGGACUCAUCGUUGAAGUCACUCAUUGGCAGCAAGCCGUUGGUGAUUCCUGUUAUUCUUGAGCGUCUCAGGAAAGCACUUGAGACGAACGACCAUGACCGAAUCAAGGGAGGCAUGUACACUCUAUUGUUCACGUCUCUUUUGAGAACUCUACUCAAGGAUUGGCGCUUUGCCCCUGAAGCCAUGCGAUUGUAUAUCGAGACUGCAGGUAUUGAUAAGCCCUCCAUUCAAAAUUUGGGCUCAUCAGCGUUAUACACUCUAAUUGACUUCGGCAAGCCGUUUGAGCGCAUGAUUAUCAUUAAUGAUGAGAUUGUGGAUACAAUCAAACCUGCUGCUGAUGUCUCUACAGCCAUUGAGAGUCGGCAUCAAUUUAUUCUGCAACGUAGAACGAGAGUCGAGAAGUCCAAGUCUACACUGGGCUUGGAAUUGACAGAGCGUGCCAAGGGUGCUCACUGGAAGAUAGCUACGCGAUGUGCAAUUUUUGCCACCAACUUGUGCCUACGAUUCCAUACCUUGGCGCCCCCUGAGUUUAUCGAUCUCGUUGCUCAGGGCACAAAUGACCCUCACCCUGGGCUUCGUGGCUACUAUCUGAGCGCUUUUACAUCAGUCUUUACAGCUGUUGAUAUGCGGGCCGUCUAUGGCCACGAUUAUCGCAAUUAUCUUCUUGAAAAGGAAGUUGGGGACCGAAACCGCAUCCAAGUUGCUGUCGAAAAAGGUGACGCCGAAUUUACCCACAAUUUCCUUGAGGCCUUCAAGAAGCCCGAAGGGGCUGAGUAUAUGGUGGACGCUGAUCACCCUGGCUGGCUAGUAUGGGGCAAGAAGUUCACGGCCUACCGAGCGAAACCGCACCCUUUCAAUGCAUACGAUGACGUUGAAACCGCUGUGCGCGAUCAAAUGGGUCGGAUCUUGAACCGCGAGUGGCUAUCUCAGUGCUUCGACUAUCUGAAGCAAGAACCGCGAGACGCGUCGACGGACAGAUUUCGCAUGAGCAAUGUUUACCUGUUGAUGCACGUUUUUGACUUGAUGCACUACGGCAAAACAUUGGUCACUCUGGAUGAUGUCAAGGAGCUGGUGAAGGAGGUCUUUGGUGAUGGUAACGACAAGCAUCAGCAUCGAGCGACCUCGGAAAUCAUGGGCGCUUUGCUCGCGGGCUCCAGUGAUGAUCCUCCUGAAAUCCGAAACCGCGUUUGGGAGUAUGCUGCGCCGUUCAUGCUGAACAUCUUUGCGGACGACCUGACACCCGACAACUUGCAAUACUGGCUCACUUGUCUACACCUCGUUCUUGACUCCAAGGAUCCACGUCGAUCGCAUGAGAUUGUGGAUACUCUCAGAGCAUUCCGACUCGAUAUGACAUCAAACGCGGCUUUCAAAGAAUCGUCAAAGGUUCAACUUCUGGAGUUCAUUGUUGCGGAUGGUGGUUGGCACUUCCGACAUGACCAGCCAAUUCUUGAUGACUUCCUCGCCCACAUCGAUCAUCCCUACAAGGCGGUACGUGAGGCCAUUGGCCGCGUGUUGUCAGUCAUAUAUAAGACUCGAUACCACGAGUCAUUUGAGAAUGUCAGCAAGCUGUUAGAACAAAACAAGGCUGCUUCGCCAACCGGUAUCAGGCCUUACCAACCAACAGAAGAGUUCUCAGCCACUAUCAAAGACGUUUUCCAACGACUCGAGAAAUGGCGACAUGAGAGAACACCUGGUCAGCAGACUCCCAGUUCUUAUACCUCGGGCUCCAAAACCGUGCUUAUGUGGCUCGACUGUACACUAUCUUCCCACGAGUGUACUCAGCUCGUGCCUUUCUUCCCCACCCCCUUUAUGGAGGAACUACUACACAUGAUGGAUGUCAAGGAAGAUCCCGAGCUUAUGAGACUUGCGUAUCACGUAUACCGUCACUUGCCCAACAUUCCUUUCCGAGAUGGCGAGGACACAGAAUUUAUCGAUGCACUCAUCCGCAUUGGCAAGACGUCGAGCAGCUGGCACCAGCGGCUUCGAGCCCUGGUCAAUAUGCAGGUCAUCUAUUUUAGACGUAUUUUCCUUACGCGAGGCGCUCAAAGAGAAGCGCUCUUUACCGCUGUGUCUGACAUGCUGGGCGACACACAGCUCGAGGUGCGUUCCUGCGCGUCUACUACGCUCGCAGGCAUGAUACGCUGCUCCCCCCGUCGUAUCCGUGACCCUACGAUUGCACGCCUCAAGGCCCGUUUUGAAGAUGAACUGGAACGAAAUCCCAUGCCAAAGCGAAACCGCCAUCUUGCUGGGACGGAUACCCCAGUCGAUAUUCACAAGCAAAUCACAAGGCGCCAUGCUGCAAUCCUUGGGCUGGGCGCAUUGAUCGAGGCGUUCCCUUAUGCAACCCCUCCACCUGAAUGGAUGCCUGAGGUACUGGCAAUGCUAGCACGCAAGGCUGCUGCUGAUCCUGGAGUUGUGGGUAAAGCGACAAAGACAAUUCUCAGCGAAUUCAAGAAGACGAGACAGGACAGUUGGACGGUCGAUCAAAAGUACUUUACUUCCGAACAACUGGAGGACCUUGAGGGAGUACUCUGGAAGAGUUACUUUGCCUGAGGACAUCAUCUUAUGAAGGAAGACUGGGCUCAACCUCAGACUCGACGAACGACAAAAAAAGUGGAACAAGUGCCAGACCACGUGCGCUAUGUACGUUUAUUAUGGAUAAGCAUUGAAUGAUAAAGGCGAAAUGGAUAGAGCUUGUAUAUGGUGCCACAGGUUCGGGAGUGCAGGAAGGACUUGCAGGCCCUUUGAUUUAGGUAUUGAUACCAUCUCUGGCAUUGCAAUAGAAGAUGCCCUUGACUAUGGAUCAAAGGAUGUGCAUCGGAACGGAUAUAUCAUACCAGAAUCUAUUAGUUCCAGUGCCCUAUAGGGUAACAGUAAAAGAUCAAGCACC